AUGAUUACGGUAAUCAUGGCAAUCAAAUACGGUUCUUUCGCUUUCGGGUACGCUCUCCCCGAUGUGGCGGUGGUGUCGAGCGCGCUCGGGCAAGGCGGUCGAAUCAUGGAGAUUAUCGAUACGGUUGAACCUGAAGACGAUGAAACUGCUCAGAAACCGUAUGUCGAGGGGAAAAUCCGAGUUGAAAACGUUCAUUUCAACUACCCUAGUCGGCCAGAUGUCCCAAUUUUGAAGGGUCUUUCAUUCGAGUGUCAACCUGGGGAAACGGUCGCUUUGAUUGUACUCGAUGACAUACCACUUGAAGACUUCAAUGUAAAUCAUUUGAGGAAAAUUGUCGGUGUCGUGAGUCAAGAGCCGGUUCUUUUCAAUAACACAAUACUUGAGAAUCUUCGCUUUGGAAACGCUAACGCAAGUGACCGAGAAGUGCACGUGGCUCUGAAGAAAGCAAAUGCUUUGGGUUUCAUCGCCGAGUUUCCCGAUGCAAGUCGUGGUCGAACAACGAUUGUGAUCGCUCAUCGACUCUCGACAAUCAAAAAUGCUGAUAAAAUUCUUGUGAUAAGCAAUGGGGAAGUUGCUGUGAAACCGGGAAACACGACGAACUCUAAAAAACGAGGACACUACUUUGAUCUAGUGAAUGCUCAAGUCUUUGCUGAUGCCGAGCUACAUAAAGAUCAACCAGCUUAUACUUCG